AGAGAGGAGGCUUUGCAUGGUCAGCUGAUCCUCCAGUGAACUGAGAAGGUUUAUAGUCCUGGGAGUUCAACACUGCAGGACUCAGAUCUGUCAGUCAACACAGCAGAAAGCACAACCACCAUGACUCUCCUCACCAUCCUCAUCUGGACGCUGGCCUGCUGCUGUCUUCCAGGAUGCAGCGGUCAGGUGACUGUGACUCAGCCUCCAGUAGUGACAUCUACGCCAGGAUCCACUGUCACUCUCACCUGUAAAACCAGCCAAGCUGUUGGAGGGUGUGGUUUUGGUCAAUGUAUGUUCUGGUAUCAACAGAAAUCUGGACAGACUCCAAAGCUCCUAAUAAGACAUGUCAGCAUCAGACAUUCAGGAACACCAGCUCGGUUUAGUGGCAGUGGAAGCAGCUCUGACUUCACUUUGACCAUCAGUGGAGUCAAGGCUGAAGAUGCAGCAGUUUAUUACUGUCAGAGUGCUCACAGUGGUGGAGUGUUCACUUUUGGUGGAGGAACCAAACUCAUUAUUCACUCUGGCCCCAUGGUCAGGCCCUCAGUCUCUCUGCUUCCCCCUUCCUCUGAGCAGCUCUCUGGGGGCUCGGCCACGCUGGCCUGCCUGCUGACUGGCUACUCUCCCCAGGGAGCCGUGGUGAGCUGGGACCUGGACGGUACAGAGGUGACAGAGGGGGUCCUGAGCAGCUCCGAGGAGGAGAAGGGUGGACGCUACAGCAGCAGCAGCACCCUGAGCCUGAGCCAGGAGCGCUGGAUGUUAGGAGAGCUGUACUCCUGCAAGGUCCUCCAUCAUGGCCACAGCCAGACCCAGUCCCUCCACAGGAGCCAGUGUAAGGGCUAGAGGGGCUAGCUGAAGCCCAGGACAGGAGCUCUGUGUGGAGGGGGGGGGGGGAGCAGGAGGAACACACCUGCUGCUCUGAUCCAUAGGAGUUCUAGUGUUUGUAGAGGAAACUAAAGCUUUGUGUGACAGAGAACAGCACUGCUGUAAAGUGUUGGACAGCAACGUAGAGAGCAAUGUGUGUAGCGCAGCAGCUGGAUGUGUGUGUGUGUGUGUGUGUGUGUGUAUGUGUGUGUGCUUAAUAACUGUCAUGUUGAUGGUUGAUGUUGCUGCUAAUAAAGCUUUGACUGAUGAAUAACA